AUGGCCACCUAUCAUAAGAUAUGGAAGCAAAUUCAUCAUCUAAACGUAAGUAAGAAAAUAUGCGCUCGAUCUUUAAGAAUAUUUUGAUCAGCAAUAUCGAAAAGGCAAUUCGAAACUGCAAACGUUGAAAGAAGGUGAACAUAAAACUCACUUUUCACCUUAAAAAACGUCCUUUUAUUAGUUGAAAAUCAAUGAAUUUCGUACGAAAUUCCAAUUCCUUUUUUUUUUUUUUCAAUUCUAUUUUACGUGGUACCGAUCCGAGCCACGCGAAGGUCUAGGCAAUUGCAGGGAAAACGCAGUUCUUUCAUUUCUCAGUUGUUUUUUGAAAGACCCUGAAUAUGGGUCUGGCUCCGGGGAUUGAACCGGUCAGUGACCUCCCGCGAGUCGAGCGCUCCCUACCGACUGAGCUAGUCCUGCUGCAGGUUCGGUUAUUUAGGUAUUAUGAUGCUCAAUCACUUUUUGUGGUUAAAAAAGGGGAAAAUAUGUUUUUACAUUUUUAACGUACUGUCGUGCAGCGUCGUACGUAUGAAUUAUUGUACUUCGUUGCGAUACGAAAAUGUAUUAAAGAAAGAAACUGCUUGACACAUUUGAAAUACGGGUAUCGACAAUUAGAACUGAAAUAACUUAUUCCUUGAAAUAACUCGGGGGCCAAGACGACUAGAUUCAAAAAAUGUUUCGUAGUUGUCUAUGUCGCUAAAUUUUUACAAUAAAAAAUGAAAAGGAUUAUGACUAAAGUAAACAGUAACUUAUAAGACAUACAUAUCUUUCCAACAACAAAAAAACAAGAUGUUUCCGCAAAUGAAUCAAGUUGAAAAGUGGCCACAUAAAAACACCCAGCGGUUUUAAAGCCAUUAGCUACUCAUGCGAGACAUUUUUUAUAAAAAUGCAUCCGCCGAUCCCUUCAUAGUUUUUAUAGGCCAUAAUGAUGAAUAAAACUCAAUCAUUGCGAAAAUUUAAAAACUACAUUUGAAGUUUGCUUUUUCGUUUGCCCCAGUUCAUCAAAAAGGUUUGGCAGAAAUGAUUUUUUAUCUUGAUCAACAAGCCAAGAUACAGAUGAAAAAACUCCCUGAAGAAAAACGCUCAAUGAAUCGGCCUGUGUUUCAAGGUAAAAAAUGUUGCAAAGGACUUUUGUUCGCCUCAAAUUUAAAUUUGUAAUCAGUUUCAUAAAGCUAAAACACAAGUGAAUUAAAGUUCUUGGAAAUGCUUCAAGGUAUUAAUCAAGGAAGCGCCGGGAUUCUAAGACUAAUGUACUUUGAUUCUAUAAAAACCUUUUUUCUGAAAUUCAACUGGCCGGGAAAUUCUACGUUCAGAUUAUUUAAUUAAAAAAUAACCCUCAUCCGGAUUGGAAAAUUUUGGGAACUAAUGUUUGGUUAACAACCAAAUUUACUUUCCGGAAAAUACACAAUAAAGUUAAAUCGUAAUACAGAAAAUGGAUGCAUCAAAUAUAGGAAUUACCAGUUUUGUUUGGCCAAUGAAUUUAUCUUACGCAAAAUAGUCAGGGCAAAUCUAAUGUUUUGCGGUACUUUUCCUCAUAGAAAGUACACUGAUUUAGCGACUGUACAUUUUAAAAUUUUUAUUUAGCUUCUUUGUUCCUCAUGUGGCUAAUUUUGGGCAAGAGUCCUUUAUUUCAUGUUAUUAUUGUUAUUUGAUUAUAUAUUUAGAAAAUGCGUCACCAGAAAGGGUACCAUCGUAACGCUGCCAGUUAUGAUUAAUAUAUAGAUUUAGCUAGGGCUCAAGGCGAAGCUCUCGAUAAUAUUUAUAGUUUGCUCAAACAAAAUAUGAAAUCGUGUAAUGCUAAAGGAGAUGUUACACGGGACGAUUUGCAACAACGAUUUUUAGCGCAACACAGCAUUACAGCAUUGUUGUGACAUUGUUUUGAAUGGUUGCAAAAUCGUUUCAACAUUGCAACGCUGUAUUGCGCUAAAAAACGUCGUUGCGAUUCGUCCCGUAUAACAUAAUCGCCUUAAGCAGCGAAGGCAACAAGAACGAUGAACAAACAACAAUAGGUCUGAUAAGCAAAAAACGGAACGUUGCACGGCCAGCACAUACGGUAUGCCAGGCAUAGGACACUUGUAUUGAUAUCAGGAAACAUCUUCCAAAAGUUGGUCAAAACUAGUUGCAUUGGUUCUGAAAAAUUUGUCGGGCUAUUUGAGCCAAUUAUGGAAACGGAGAAACUGAUUUUGAAUAAAUAAAUAAAUAAAUCAAACUGGCCAUAGAUAGCGAAAAUUUUAAUCCACCUUAAACCUGGAAUGAACUUCUAUUGUUCUUUAAGUUUAAAAUCUCUGGCACAAUUUCAUUCAACUGUUCAGUUAAGAAUUCAACGCUUUUAAUUAUUCAAAAAUUUCAUUGUAGGAAUAGGGGAUAAUUAAAAUCCAGUGAAAAUCUCCGUUAUACUGACAGCAUUGAAUUUGAAUUUUGCACUUUCCAUUAAUUAUAGAAAUCAAGAUAAGCUCAUUUUCUCUCAUGGACUGAUUUAGUAUGUCUCCUUCAGAGUCGUGACGUAAUUCGCAGCCUUUGAUCCAUGUUUCAAAUGAACAAAAAAUUCCUAGCUGGUGAGAACAGUCAGUACGUCACGAAAAUGCUGCUUCGAGUUUGUAACAAUAUUGAUCAGUUCAGUAAUACUGGCCUCAGUGGUCUAGCGUGAACACUAGUACAAGAAGAUUGUUGAAAAGUGUUUUUGGCUGUAACGAUUGAGUUGAAUUGGAUUGUGUAAUGUGUGGGCUAAAAACCAAAAACUUUGCCACGACGUUUUUACGUUCGAUAGUGUUGUUUUGGGAAAAAUCAUACUCCAGAACCAUGGAGAAUGAAUAAAGUUCGACGGUGUUGCUUCGGGGUAAAUUGCUCCAAAAACUAUUGACCAACCACUUGAGGCAUCACCGAGACUUGACCUGAAAGAUUUUAUCUCGUAAACGAAAACUUGGGAGAAUAUUUGAGAUAGUGUCUGUUUGAUAUUCUUUGAUAAUACUAGCUAUUAGGCCGGUAUUUUUUCCAGAGAGCAUCCAAAUCUCUUCAAAAUUUGAAGCUACGUUGUUUCGAUCUUGGGCUUCCGAUCGCGCUGAGCAGGGGACUAUCACUACGUGUUUAUUGGGACUUCCGUACAUAUAGAAGCACAUGUAAGUGUCAUGUGAACGUACGUAAAGUGCACCAUGAGAUGGGUACUGGGUAAGCAUCAAUUAUUUUGACCGACGCAACAUUCCAAUGUUUUUAUGACCGGCUAUUUUUGGAAUUAAGUAGAAGUCCAUUGGCACUGUGGAUGAAAUUUUAGUGAACGAUAUGGGAACGCAGUCUUUCACAUUUCUUUUAAUCAUUAAAGUAGGAAAACAUUACCUUUCAUACUUUAAACGUGAAAGAAAAUCAAUAUUUUCCGCCAUUUAUUACGUUUGCCAGUUGCCAUUUUCAACGCUCGGCCAUAAGGACACUAUGUUUUAAAAUGAACAUGAUCGAGUCUGAACUGAAACUUUUUUGUGUGUUGCACGGAAUAAAAUUAUAGUUAUUGAAAAAACAAAAAUAAAGGGAUAAAGAGCAAAAUUUUUACCGGAAUUUAAAAAGACCUCAUGUAAAGCACCUUGAAUAGCAUCGUUUCAAUACAUUUAUGUUAUGUUUAAUUAUGUAUGAAAAAUGAAAAAUGUAUUUGAUUUAUGCUCAUCGGCGAUCUCAGUCAAUUGCCCUACAAAGAAAUCAGACAGCUUAAUUUCUUUUCUUCUACUAUCGUGCAAGUUAAAUAAUGUAAAAGUAAUCUGCCAGGAAAAUGAAAGGAAAAACCGACUGUGCAUGUUCUUGUUUUAUCAAUAUAUUAAGUUCUGACAAAUUUUUAGAUGAUUACAUAUUUAUUCACGCGCAGUUUUCUAUUUAGUGGAAGACAUAAUAAAGUUUGACUUUAAUAUUUUAUACUCAUCGCUUCCGUGACUAUCACUAUGAAUGACAGGAAACUUCCAUAAAAAGACUAUUUCAAAUAGCGGUCCGGCUAAGUCAAUCACUGUCUACUUUCCCAUAUUUUUGUCUUUUUUGAUCCCCCGUGAAAGUUACUAAUCACUCGAAGACGAAACAAUCGAGCAGUUCAUCACUUUUUGAUCGCUGUUCUAGGCUUAGUCGUCCAGAAUUUUUUGUCAACGCAAUAUGUUAGUUAGUUCCAAUCGGCUUGACUUGAAUUUUCUGUAUAUUCCUUAAAAUUCUCGUCAUAGUCUCUGACCGAUAAUGUUUAAAAAAAGGUACAGAUCCGACAGAGUUGCGAAAAUUACUUUAGAAAGAUAAAUUGUUUUGCUACACCGUCUAUCAGCCAAACAGCGGGAAAUCUAGCUAGGUUCUAGUUUUCAGAUCUCUUAUUAUGAUAUUAUUUCUUUUCUAAAUAAAACAGCUUUUAUUUGCUAUUUUUAGCCCGAACUUGCGAAAUUACAGGCUCAGAGGAGAUAGGACAAUGCGUGGUACGCGGGGGUCAAAAUAUUCUUAUUUAAGAUACUAUUGGACGAUUCUUUUAAGACUUAAUUAAUUGCAGACAUAUCUAAAUAUCAUAACUGUUGCUCCGAGACUUCUGGACUCGACUGAAAAGCUUGGCAAUUAUGUCCUUGCUUGUACAAGUUAAACAGAUUUGACAACGUUCGUGAUUUGGCACGGAAAUGCGAAGAGAAAUGUUGAAGAAACUUAGCCAAAAAAUCCUGAAGGUAUGAAAACAAAAAUAGAAUUCAAUAAUCGAUAUAUUUCGUUGCCUAACUGCAUUAUUCCAGGCGUUUUUAAGCUCAUCUUGUGUAAAUAAGGAACAAUUCUACGAGAAAAUCGCAAGUUAGACAAGGCUACUGUUUUGAAACGUUAAUGAAAAACUUGAGGAAAAAAAUUAUUGAUAAUUUUCACUGUAUAACAGCUUACUGUGGUCUUGCUCAUUGAUGCGAAAAAUCUAACCCCAACAGAACUGACCGACCUGAAAGAGUUUUGAAAGGAAACGCAUUAAAUAAGGUUCAAUCUUAAAAUGAUAAAGUUGAACUUUAAGAAAUUACAUAACAUUUCUCUCAAGGAAACACAUAGCAAAACAGGAAGGUAAUAAUAAGAGACAGUUGCAUACUUUUUCACCUGAGUCUUUCCGCACGUACGUGGUCACAAUUAGACAUAACAUAACCGCUCGCUUCGAAAACAGAUUUUAUUUUAAAAGUGUUAACAGCUAAACUGUGGACAAUAGCGAACUCAGCCAAGAAUUGAAGUGAGAGGGAAAUAGAACUGUUGAGUCAGGCAACGGAAAGUCAUUUCGUCACAAAUUUGAAAAUUGUGAGCAUUAUUUUAAGACUUUUCAAAUCUGAUAAUGAACUAGUAAGAUUUAAAAUAUAAGUAUUGGACCUCAGACGGUGAUACAUAAAGGAAAAAAAUGCUCCAGAGAUUGUGUUGGGGUUAACUUUGUAAAAGAUGCUCUUAGAAAAACUAGUGUUUCAAUAAGCAUUUCAUUAAUAACUUAUUUUUAAAAUCGUAUAAUAUAAUUUAACUAUGUUUCCUUGAAUUUUGAAAAGAAAACGUGCUCGUUAAGAGCUGGUAACCACAAUGGUCACGUGUUACUAUGGUAAUAUAGUAACAUGUAAUUUUGUCUUUAUUUACGGUUCCAAACUUUUUUUUGUCUUUUUUUGGCUCAGGCGAUGUCCGCUUUUCCUCUAAAGUGUUUCAGUAAAUGACUAAGAGUCUUUCAGUAACAAGUUAUGGCUCAAUCUAUCUAUGCUUUGACCAACAUUAUAAAUUAUUGUGGUUACAAAAAGGAAUCAGGGGCGUCAGUCGUGUAGGGAAUCUCAAUAACUUUUACCUCAUAAUCAGGGGCACCAAACGACGUUUUCCUGUAAUAUAACUGUUCGAAGGAGCAAAUAUUGCCUAAUAAUUUCUAAAGCUCGAGAAAGGCUAAAAAGGUCUGAAUAUCCGUCUAUGAUAUUCGGAGGUUUUCUACUAACUUAGCCACCGACGAUUUUCCGAGGUUGUGAUACGUACUCAGUUUCUCACAUUUUAUCACCAAGAUGAUGCUCUUAUUGUUGAAAAGGUCUACUUAAAAUUUCAGCAUAAUUAGACAAAACGUCCCCUAAAGUUUUCAAAUGAAAGUAAGGCUAUUCCAUGUCCUCGAACUUUCGACCGGAUCCAUUAAGGUAGAACAGUUUUGGAUGACGCGAAGAAGCCACCUAAAACUUUCGAGACCGCUCCCUAUUAAGACAUCCAAACAGAUAAAUAAUUCCUAUGGACAACCACCCAAAUUAAUCAAACAGGCUUCUAUAAGGCAUUGAGAAAACCAUUUGAGAUGCUGGUUUUUCAUUUGCAAACAUUCGGUUGUAGGGUGCCUCUGUUAUAAUUACUAGGAAGACUUUAUAAUUAUCAUGAUGAGUAUUUGAAACCACAAUAAAAUCAUCUGCUUGUUUAUCACUUGCUCGUUUUCUAUCAGUAUCACCGUCACUAGACAAUCUGAGGGUAGGGGGGGGGGGGGAAAUAAACAUUUUUUUGUAGUGGUCUUUUUUUAUAAUUAUUAUGAAGUCUUUAAAAUUAAUUAAAUGAGUAUUUAAAACCAACAUGAAGUUUUUUGUUUUUUUUUCUGUUGCGGGUUUUAUAAAGGUAGCAGGGUGAAGAGGAAAUGGGGGGGUGGGGGGGGGGGGGAGAAAGGGGGAGGACGAAAGUACCUGAAUAACAAAGCCGUAAAAAAAAACAUAAAUACCUAAUAGAAACCUUUUUGCACGAGCUUGCAAAAUGAUAAAUAAAUGAUAAAUAAUAAAUAAAUAAAUAAAUGGAUGUCUCAGGUGAAUCUCUAGAUCUCAUGCAAAUUAUCUAUCGUAAAACUUCUAACCUCUAGCUCGUGAGGCUAAUAUUCACUGUAAAACUGCGGCCAGCUAAAUUAAGGGCAACAAAAACAUGUAACUUGCCAUAAUUUUGCAACAAUGCGGCAAAACGAGUUAAAAAAGGGAUGUUUCGCGUUUUACCACCCACGAAUCAAACCUAUUGCAGCAAAUUAGGCUGUUGCAGGUUGCGAAAAGUUGUGGAAACUAAAUAUAAAGGUGAAUAGCAGCACUUUUUGCAACAAAAUCGUGACAUAUAUAUAUAUAUAUAUUUCAUAUAUCAUUAACACUCAUUUCUUUCAUGGGAACAUUUGAACCCACAAUUGACCUGCUCCCAACGUCAGUGGCUUCAUAGCUCAGUUGGUAGAGCAUCGCACCCGUAUCGCGAGGUCACGGGUUCAAACCCCGUUGAAGUCCUGAAUUUUUUUUUUUCAGGCUUCUUUACGCAAUUGCAUAAAUUGCGUUUACUGCGACGAUCAUUUCUUCAUUUUCAAAAUCGUGACAGCAACUAACUUCAGCUUCGCGUGAUCAUAUCCUAUCAAAAGUCGUUGUCGCUCAGCUAGAAUACAUUGCAACAAUCAGGCUUAAACAAAUCGCCUGCCAAAACGCCGGCAACUAAUACGUGAACGUGAUAGUUUUUUCGCAGUGUGGUAUAUUAGGGUGCUUUCCGCCUUACAACUCUUCUCUUCUUGCACCAAAACCGGAAUGUUCCACGCAGAAAAUUUUAGUAUGCCUAGUUUUAACAAACCCCAUGCUACACAUACCUUUUCAUUUUACCCUUGUCCCCCAACAAUUGCCCUAGACACACCAUCCCAGAAGAUUAGACAUCCACACGUGUCCCAAAUAAACGGAUUAACUUAUAAACACUUAAAGUGGGAAAAGGUCCGCUUCACCAUGAUAAGAUCAGAUUGUCUUAUCCUAUUUAGCUUAUAGACGACAACCAGAAUUAUUAAAAAGUUGUUUAAAAUCCUUAAAAAAGGAAAAGGUUUGGUUUGGUUUCGUUUUAUUUGUAAACAUUAAGGCAAAGACUAUAACGAAAUUUUGGUGAGUCACAGCCAGAGAAUGGAAUUCAAAGACCUUUUUUCAACCUCAAAAUAUUCCAUAUACAGUUUUACUUCACUAUGUUAAAUUCUUAAACUUUUAAAUUAGUUAUGACAUUAUAGUUUCAGUUUUAUUGCUCUGCUAAAACAUUAGUCAAAGCCAAGACAAAGCUUUGAUGACCGUAAAUGCUAAUAAAUCUGUCAACUCCAGAUUUAAAUUGAAAAAUCAAAAGCCGACUGCGAAGUGGAAUAAAAAAAACUGCGCACUGUUAUUUUCUACGCGAGGCCAAAUAAAGUCUAGAUGCUUAAAGACACGACACUAUGUUAAGAACGUCCAAGCAAGCUUUUUUUGUACCAUCAAUUUUUUAUAGCCGUUUCCUUUUUUUCUUACCACAAAUGCCGUAACGGGUUCGUAUUAAACUGGCAUGUUUUGAUGGUGUAAAGAAACAACGAAAAUAAGAAACAUUAUUCAAAUCCACCUUCAAAGUGCUGUUCCGACAAAAAUAUCCGUGACAUUAGGGUAAAUAUAUUAACAAGUGAUAAGCAAAAGGGUUAUAUAACACGUUUUUUCAAGUCUUUGGCGUGUUAAAACAAAAUAAUGUUCAGGUGCACAUUUGAGUCAUUUUUUACCCACUCUCUUUCGUAAGGGGUGGCUAAAUUCUGUUUUUAAGGUAGUCUUUCUUCAGCGUUUGUAGGUGCCAAGUAGUCAGCUGUGAAUUGAAAGCAAAUUUUGGUAAGUUCAAUUUUAUUUCAACGUUAUCUUUCAAUGAAUUUCGGAUCGCGCGUGUUAACUGACUGUCACUGUGCAACUUUUAAGUUUUAUCUUAGUUUGCUUUUUGAUUGGACUGCGGCCAUAUGUUAGCCGGCGGUCCCAACUCAUCAAAUGCAGCGAAAACGAUUGAAUGAAUCGAAAUUGUAUAGUUAGAUAAAAUUUUGUGACGAAGACAUCCCUAAGAGGGAAAAUGAAAAUGUUUAUACUUUACUAGCCAACGCGAAAGGGAAAAAUAAUUGGACAUCAAGAAAUCACCCAUAAUGCAAAUACCUGAUUUAAAAUACGAGAAGGCUUAAUGAAUAAACGGGCACUGCACGUGUAAAUCAGUGUCUCCUAUGAGAUCAAGCAGAAGAGUAAAAGAAUUCUAGGGGCAAAGAAGUGGUCUAAUCUGAACAUAGCCAGUCGUUCAAAAUACUAAUUUAAUACUACGAAGGGCGCAAAUUACUUUAUCGUUGUAGGUGACAAGCAGCGGCUCAAAAUGUUGACAUGGUAACUGCCGCGUUUAUUGACAGUAGACACAGUACCUUAGUUCUGUAGAUGAAUAUGAAUAUUGAGCUUUUGCAGUUGCUACCUUAAGGAACAACGUACACUAUAUUGUUUUUUUUAGAUAAGCAAAAUAAAUCCCAGUAAGUUCCUCACAAUCCUAACAAGAAGAAAUGUUCAAAAACUUUCACUUGAAAAUCUUUCAUACCUAAGCGGUUUGAUAGAAGAAAAAGACAGUUGAACGCUGUAAGCGGCCAUAUCUGAAAGCGUUUAGUGAAUCUUGGCGUUGUUUUAAGAGAAUUAAAUUAACAGCAAAAUCCGUGGACGAGGAUCCUGCUGGUUAUCAACGUUUUAAGAGAGGUCGCUUAAGGGAGUUCGAUUUACUGGUAAAAAACACGUUAUAAUUAAGUAAACGUAGUUUUUGAAGCUCUAGCUUUCAACUUUAGCUUGUGGAUAUUUUUACAACUAGUUGCCUACUGGAUUUGAGUUUCAAUUUCUCUCACUAUUUUGUUAACAUCUGAUGGCGUUCGUCAACCUUUGAAGAGUACCUUUUCGUCUGAUAUAGUGAAACAGACGGCCGAAGCACUGUACGAAGGAAUUAAUACUUAUACCAGUCAAUCCCGCUUUGGAGGUUAUUGUCCACCGACGGACCCCAGGCCGCCUUAGUAACCGAACGGUCAAUGAUGUUUAUUCGCCAUGUGUUUAUCUUUUUAUCACCCUGGUACACCUCCAAAAAAGCGAAGGAAACAAAAGAUAAAAGCGUUGUUGCUCUUGAACUACAGUAAUAGCCUCCAUUCUCAAGGUUUUAAUUCGCAAAAUAAUGUUGGAUCACUGACUUGUAAUUAAAAGCGUGUUUAAAUACGAAUUUUUAACAACUUUUUAACAAGGAUUACUUUCGAAUAUAUUUUUAUUCCAUAAAAUUGCAGAAUCCCUCCAUAAUGGAUCCCUAAAACAGUAUGAAUGCAUACUCUUCUAAAAAAUGAAUAAACAAUGAAUGUGAUCUUGUUAGUAUAUGGCAGUAAAGUGCUGUACACACUUGCGUAUGAAACGUUCUGCUAAAAGCUUCGGUUUUAGCAGACCAUCGAUCACUUACAGGGUGAAAAGGCCCACAUUAAGACAAUACCCACAAAUAGCUUACAUUUGGAAUCGGCUCUAUGCGACGAAUCAGUUGGACUAAAGCCCAGAUUUCUUUUCUGUAAUUAUUCAUAAACUGUCUGGAAAACACCUGCCGGCCUGAACGGAAUGAAUUUUUGUCCCUUUUUUUUCCUGAAAACGUAAUUAUUUUGUUAAAUUGCGUCGCACUUGCAAAAUAAUCCCCCGUUCUAAGAAUCGCGUCUUUGAAAGCACUGAGGCACUGACAGCCUUUACAAUACAUUAACUCUGAGUUCACGCCUGCAUAUUCGCCAGCAGCAAACAGAGAAGUUAUCAUGGAGACCUAUCGAGAAUUCAAAAACGAGGUAAAGCGAAAGUUUUUUCACUUUGAUACUUUACCUAUUAAGUCAUUUUAAGUUCGGAUAUUACCACGGAAUAUCGCUGAAGACCAACACUAACAGUGAUUGAAAGUUGGUGAACCGAGGAACAAUAUUACAUCGGCUCCCGAAAGAGAGUAAUAUUUCUUUUUCCUGACUAGCAUUUUAAUAUUAUUCUUAAUGGCAAAGCGUAAAAAUUUUGCUAUGUUUUAGCAGCCAUUGUAAAGACUAAUUCUAGCCUGAGCAGGGUUGGAAGUUGAGUCACUACCGAAUAACUUUCCUGUAAAGCUUAGUAUUGCUUUCCGCAAAACCCUGACUGAUUUUAAAAGUGCGGAACCUAAAUAGUAAAUUAUUCAUUCGAACUCCAAGAAUUGGGGACUCUAUGCUGGAAUCUAGCUAGUCAUCCAAACUCUUCUUGCUAAAACUGGUUUUAUUGUGUAAUAACAGAUGCUGAAUACCAUUUUCAGCAUUUUACGAUAUUCUGACUACAGACGCCAUUAACCUGACGCUUCAGCGUCGAGUUUGAACUAUUGCUUUAUCGUACAACUGUAUACAGAUGAAUCUAUUGGCUUUCACUUUUCAUGUUUUCAAAAUAAUCUUCUUUGAUGGUUCCCGAAAGUGGGGGGAUAAUAUCAAUAAUUUUUAAUAUGAGAAGACAGAAGAGAAAAUUGAACGCAUUUAAAAUUUGGUGAAAUUAUAUAUUACUGAAUAAACACUGACUUCAACAUGACAGAAUUAAACUCAUAACAUACGCCGUUCCUCUCAUAGCACGAUACACAAGCAGCGAUCAAUUUGCUUCGUAGCCUAUAUCUCUUUAUCUCAAAGAUACCCUAACUCUGUUAAUUUUUUUUAAAUGACUCUUCUCAUACUAUUCUCUAUGUUGGAGAUUUCGCUAACGAUCAAAAGUAAAUUAAUGGUUUUACGGAUUCCAAAUAAAUAUUUUAUUACACAACUCGAAGGCAAUGAUACUGUAUACUAGUUUAGUAUUCUUUUUGUCACUGUCUUUUCUUGGGAUUGCAGAUCAGUUGCGAGAGAUAAAAAUGAUGCUAUACAAAGCUUUUGAUCAAAAGGUUUUUACGGCUGUCAAACUUUACAAUACUCAUUGGUAAUAUUACGUUAGAGGCCGAAAGCCCUCAGUGAUAGCGUUUGAUUUUCGUCGACUCCAAUCUUUCUUUUACGUAUUUUUUGCCUUUAUUUCAAGUUAUAUUUUAAUUAGUCUCAGUGCAAUAAGCGUGCUAACUACAUUUUUGGGUCUAUCUAGAUUUCUCAAGAGCGCAACCUAAGAAAAUCCGAAAACGAAUUGUUCAGUAACUGAAUAAAUUUGCUGUCAGCUGCAGGGGGUCAUGUAUAAUUCAUGUAAUCGUCCUGCUCAUCUCUGUUCAAACACCUUUUUCCUCUGACGUUUAAUCUAAAUAGCUCCUUAAUUGUUGCAAAGCUGUUGCGCCAAAGUAAAAAUUUCUUUUAAUUUGUUUUGGAGGGGUCACUGUCUUAGAACAAAUUGACUAGACUAGUCACUCGAUACUGAGAAUUCUUCCAAAUUGCUAUCUUUGGAUGUUGAAAAAAGAAAAUUGAUUUUUCUGUUGAAUUUUUUAUUUGUCCAUUUAUGAGGACUGUAAGGGUAAAUGAAUAUGUAUUAAUGGCAUUUUCUUUCUAAAUAAACAAUAAAAAAAGCAAUGCUUGCUAUACAAUUGAUUUAUUUCAAUUUUUUUUUUCCGUGGAAGAAAAUAUAAUCUCAUAGCUGCCCUGUCAAAUUCGCUUUUUUACUGUUUGCUUACAAAAAAAACAUUGCUCAGAUCCAUCAGGAUCUGCCGGUUGGCCCUUGCUAUUUAUUAAGUACAAUAAUAUUUGUAGUCUCCUUCGCAGCUGCUCGGGCUGCAGUCACGCAAUACUCCCCACCCCCAUUGCGUGACUCCGGCCCGAGCGGCUGCGAAGAAGACUAUUUAUUGAAGAUAUUUUCUUUAUGUUUAUAGCCGAUGGGAGGGUGCUCAUCGGCUGUAGCCCCGGAAGACCCAAACGGCGGACAGCAAACUGUUAAAAACAACUGGUGUGCCUGUUGUGGAUCAAGGUAAGCAAUGCGUACAUAAAAAGAAAAAUAAUAAUAAAAAUUUUUUAUUGAGGGUAGAACUUAAUAUCUCCUGAUAAUCUACACGCGGCCCUCAGAAAAAAAAUGAAUAAAAAACACAAAAAUCAAUCAAAAAACUAUGAUUCAUGGGUGAGAAUUUGAAGAUAAACGGCUAACUAAGGAAUUGCUAACGAUGUCCAUUACAAUUUACAAACUUCAUUUCGCCUAAGUUUGUUUUCGAAAGAGCACGUCAAGGUAGAGCAGUCUUUCAACUCCUCAGGAAGUCUGUUCCACAAGCUUGCAGCACUGAACAUAAAAAGCAAGCAACAAAACAAAUUUAAAGAAGAAUAAAGAAAUAGAUACUUUGAAGUCGGGUCGCGGGAGUCGGGUAGAGCCGUGUUAUGUGACAGAGAUAGAGACUUGAUGAUUAAAAAGCGAAAAAGUAGUUCAAUAUUUAAUCAUUUUCGCUAAAUAAUCUGAUCAGAAUGCUGGUUUGCAUUUGUCACUUGCAGGCAGGACUCUACAGCCGCCUUGUUGGCCCAAAAAGAAAAGGAUCUUGACUGUGAAAGGUAACCCUAAAAAAGAAAAAUAUUUUAUAUUUUUAUAUUUUUGGCUAAAUAAACUGUUCAGAAUGGUUGGUUGUAUUUUCUUCUUUCAGGGAGGGUCCUUAAAGCGCCUGUUUGGACCAAAAAAAAAAAGGAUUUUUCUUGGGAAAGUAACCCCCCCCCCCCCCCCCCCUUCAAUAUUCAAAAUACCGUUUUUUUCUCUCUUCAAUUAUUGACAUGUAUUCAGUCGAAACAUAAGUUAAGGGGGUAGUUUUGUUGAAAGCAUUGUUUUUUGUUCAGUCGUCCUUUUCUUAGAUAUUUAAAGAUUUCAUUUAAUAAAAAAUCGACUCCAUUAAAGGUACCUUGACCUACUUGUUGUUUUGUUUCCUCACGUCUGAUUGGGUCUUCCGUUGCAACGCAAUAACAUUGCAGAAAUAUUUUUGGUGUUAAUGGCUUUGUGAAGUUUUACGGCCAUCCUGGUAUCGAAUUUGUUUCAAUUUAUGAUAGUUAUUAUGCAAAUGUGAGCCCGCAGACGUAUUCUUGGUGGGGUGGUCAGCGGCACUGUACAAACUGUGUAACAAGGUUUUUCCAAAAUCAGUCCACAUGCUUGGGAUGCCUUUGUUCUGCGUAUUAAUAUGAAAAGUAUGUGGCCGUGAAGGCCCUGGUGUUGAGUUUAAGGUCCACCUGAUGUCACUGCAGAGACGAUGGUCACGAUAAUCACUUGAAUGCAAAUGCAAGUGAUGCAACAAUAGCCUGCAAUAUUUGUUCGAUUCCAAACACUCGUAAUUCAGGUAAACACGUACUUAAAUGCGAGACUUUUUGAUUCGCCUUGCCCGUUGGAAAUCUAUUUACCUAGGGAAAUGAAAGUAGAUCCUGAUCUCAGCUUAGUGCGGGACGAGUCUUCGGUAAGAUACGAGUGACUGAAAAGUCUAUAAAUCCUUGUACAUAAAGUAAAUUUAGGUUACACUACAGUGCAUGGGGAUCUGCAUGGUCUUUCAUAUUUUAUGCGUUUCCACGCAUGUUUCGUCGCUUGUCAUCUGAAAGCUUCAAUAAUAUUUAAGCUAAGCUUUUUCAUUAUUUUCUAUUGCAUCUCAACGACCCUCGGUCAUUGAACACGGAUUGAAUAACCGAUUGAUUAAUAGACUUCGUGCAGUCAUGACUGUAUACAUUUCAAUGAACGUUGUUUUGUCAUGUAAUACUGUUUCCUUUGUAUCUUUGCUAGCGAAUUCAGCCGUCUCUUCUCGCUCCUUACCGUUCGUAGGCUAUUAAACUGUAUCUAAGCAACCGUCAAUAAGAGCGUUAAAUUCAAUAUAAGUCUUGUUUACUGUGUUGUUAAAUUCAAGUUCUCGCAAUCAUGAUCCACUGUGAUUCCUUUUGUUGACACUGGAACUAACAGCAGUGAGGGCUUUCUCUGAUUCACGUUAUGAAAGCGGUUCUCAACAUGAAUCACAUCUCUGAGGUAAACGCACAUGUUCGCCCGCACUUUCUAACCAUCGGUUCCUGCUAGUUCCACAUAUUCUACUACACGUAACCCUGUAUUGCAAUGGAAAAUUGUAUAACAUGAAUGAAUGAAUGGAUGAGAAAAGCUCUUAUUGUUAUUUCGUUGAUUAUACAUUUAUAAAUUGAUUCGUUUCCCACGUAUUGAGCUUUUGAAACGGCAUAAGUUACUGUGCCUUUCGUUACGCUGCCCGAAUUCUCGAAAUAAUGCCCCGAGUUAACGUUGAAAGAGUCCCGGGGUGUUUUCGGGUGAAGUUCGAGCAGCCUAGCGCUAACGCUGUUUGUUUACUCUUUUAUCGCCAGACCAACCGCAGGAGAAGCUAAGAAGUGGCAAACGUCCUUUGAAUCUGUGCUUAGGCAUAAGUUUGGCAUUCAACUAUUUCAGGAAUUUCUUCGUUCCCAGUACGGCGAGGAAAACCUCAACUUUUGGCUAGCGGUUGAAGAAUACAAGAAACUCGACGAAAGCAGCAGGGCGGAAAGAGCAAGAAUGAUUUAUGAAGAUUAUGUUUCCACUCUAUCACCAACGGAGGUUAGACACUGACUUCCACCACUUUUUCUAUUUUACCUUUCAAGGAGACUUUGUCACGCGAAUUUCAUUUUUCAUUUGCUUUGUUUUGCCAAUAGGCCCGUUGCAAAACCUUGUCUCGUUCUUAGAUACCACUUUUCAACGGCUCGCCAGUUGGAAACCCGAAGCGUUCAUUCAGAUCACAAAGCUUUGCAUGUGAUCGAGCGAAGCCUUUCUACGUUAAUUCAACGUUUUUAAGUCUUCUAUUCCCAGUUACUUCGCGUUAAUAUUCAACAGAAUGAUUAAAUUAAUUAACUAGGAGUGCUUCGCUCGAUCGCAUAGUAUAGAUAGGAUAGUUUGCGAUCCAGCGAGCCGUUGCUAAGUGGUAUUCAAGCACGUGACCAAGUUCUGCAAAGGUUCUCAUGAUUGGCCAGUGUUAUGUCAAAACAACAGUCUCAUAGCAAGAACCAGUAUGCCUACCGAAUGAUUACAUUUCCAAGUUACAAACAUCUUUGAAUUUUGUGCAGUAUUCAAAUGCUCCAAAAUUGGUUUAUCCUAUUAUCUUCAUUUUUUACCCAAGUGGUGGCCAUUUUAUAAUUUAAACUAAAUGUGGCUAAUUUACGUGAGAAAGCUUCUGUAAAGGAUAAAAAUAGUUGCCUAGCAGCAGCAUAACGAAGCUAUCUCGUGGUUUGGUAGAAAAAUUAGCGCCCUUUCCUCGUCCAAUCCAACUCCCGUGCUUCGCAAUGUAGCCUGCGAAAACAUCCGUUUGUCCUCGCUCUUCGCCGCUGGGGACGUUUCACGCGGAGGAACGUGGACGUUUCUCCGCGCGAAACGUCCCCAGCGGCGAAGAACGAGGACAAACGGAUAUUUUCGCAGGCUAUUCGCAAUGUUUUAAAUGCAUUUUAAUGGUCACCCUUAAACCCCUAUGGAUCGUUUUCACUCACUGCACGUCAUCAGUAGCUAUGCAAAUUUUUUGAAACAACAGAAAGUUUUUACAUGAGAAAAUCCCGUACAGUAAUUUUUUGGUACAUCAAUAUGGCCACCGUGACGUCAUGUGAAAACAAUUUUUAACUCCGCCCGGCUCCUGAUUGUCCUUAGCCUGUCGUUAUUCUUUGCCAUUUAAUUGGGAUUUUUGUUAAAGAAACUAUGUUAUAAACUUUGUUCGAAGCAGAUGAAGCAAAAUGUAAGAAAGGAAUAUGUCAGUGGAUUUCAUCGAAGGUCCUUUUUCAGCUUGUGCAAAGCAAGCUUAUGGGAAAUUGGCCCUACUUGUGUCAUUGCACUUUCUUUUCUUCUAGUCGCCCUAUUUUUUUUUUUAUCUAAAUAGCCCCUACAACCCUAAUUAUUCCUACAUUACCUAGGCUAGUUGCAUGGCAAAGUUGUACCGACAUAAGUGAAUGGGCAGAUUUAAUGCUGACCAAUUAUCUCUUUUCGUAGAUAAGCCUGGACGCCAAAGUUCGAGCAGAGAUCGACAACAACAUGAACAAUCCCACUGUCGACACUUUCAAAGUGGCACAGGAUCAUAUAUUCACCCUCAUGUACCACGACUGUUUUCCUAGAUUCAUCAAAUCUAAACAUUACAAACAACUUCUGAAGAGACACUGA